AUUGUUGUUUCAGAAUCCAGCAAGGCAAUAUCAACAAAACUGAAAUCCGGUAUUUACAAUCGAGUUUUAUGUUCGGAAAAGUGUUAGCCAGUUUCUUCUAAAUAAGCAUACACAAUGGCAGUGUUUGGCCCGAACAAGCGCCGAAAGAUUCCUGUUCCCAAGCGGCAUGGUAUUCGCGAUCCUUUGAAAAAGCUUGCCGAGCGAGAGGCUGCAAUCAAAGACAAAAUUAACAACCCACCAAUGGAGCGAGACGUUCAGGAGGUUUCCAACAAAUUCAAACAAUUCGUUAAACUGAAAGAACAAGCCAAAAAUGAAACGGCAAACGUAGGCCAGCACCAGCGUAAACGAGACAACCGAAAGCGUGGCACCCUCCAAGUGGGAAGCUCAGUUGUUCAGCAGAUGCCAAAAGAAUCUGAGGAAGCGUUCCUAAAGCGAGCUAGCAAAGUCCAGCGAGAUCAUGUACUGGAGGCCCGUAUGGCUACAAAAUAUAACGUAGAAGUACAGCGGAAUGAGGAUACCGGAGCUGUUAAACUGAAACGGAAGAAAACGCACGAAAUAGAUGAGUUGCUGAAACAAAAAGCAGACGAAUCUAAAGGGUACAAGAAAAAGCAGAAGGUUAAAAAGGAAGAAAAAAAAUUAAACUUGGCGGAGAAAAGAGCGAUUCGGAAACAGAAGCUCGAGGACAAAAAACGUAAGGAAGAGGAUAAGUUGCUGGAGGAAUAUCAGCAGGAUACGGUACAGUUCGGUGAGGUCGUGCAUGGACCACCGACUCUGAACACAAAGCCACGGCACGCAGAUAAACUAGAAGGAGGUUCAAGGCCCGGAAGAAAACGUCUUUUACUGCACACACUGUUGAAUCCAGUUGAAGAUGAAGCAGUUCAUGACGAACCCGAACCCAAGAAAAAAUCAUCCAAAAAACAAGGAUCAAAAGUGGACCUCAAAGGAAAACGUAAAAACCUGCCUUUGGCUACUCGGAUGAAAUUGGAAAGUGAACAACAGAGCGUUAUCGAGAUGUAUCGGCAAUUGAAAAAAGCAAAAUAAAAUGUUUUCUGUUUAUUUAAA